UUGUUGAUAACAAUAGGGUAGAUCCAGUUUUCAUAGUUGCAUUGUUUAUGUCGCAGUUUUAGGUGUAUAUUAAUUUUAGGGUAAUUCGAACGGAGGGGUCGCAAGCAAAUGGAAGAAACGGAUGAUUCGAGAAUCAAAGACGCAGAGGCGGAAAAUUUGAGGCCGAAACGGAAAUCUGGAAGCAAAUGUAGAAAAUCGUCCAUCAACACCGAAUCCACAACUCCGGAAAACUGCAAUUCUAAGCGGCCACCUCUUCGAAGAGGAAGUUCCUUUACCUUUUUAACACCAGGAUCAAACUGGGAUUUUACUUUGAAAAGAAAAAGAAGGGAUAAAGAUGAUGAUGUUGUUAGCCUAUGCAGCUUUGAUUUUAAGGAGCCAAGUCACAAGCGGGUUCGCCCCCUCAGCAGGGUGACUUCACUGGCUAACCUAAUCUCACCUGUAAGAAAUGGCGCUGUCAGGCGCUUUGGACAUACAAUCCAGUCCAUCUCUUUCCGAAGUGACAGCAAGUCACCAAAUAGUUCCCAGAAGUCCUGCAGCAAAGCAGCGGCACCCACCCCACCAAAACGACGCAAUAGCACCCUUUGGUCUGAGACACUUGAUGUUAACAAAAAGGGAACGUUUUCAGCCAAAGAAAUCAAAAGACAGGAGACUAUUUUUGAACUGUACAGAGGAGAACAAGAUUUAAUUGAUGACCUGAAGUUGGCUCGAAAGGCUUACCAUGACCCCAUGCUGAAGCUGUCUAUUAUGUCUGAGGAUGAACUGACUCAAAUAUUUGGAGAUCUGGAUUCCUAUAUCCCCUUACAUGAAGACCUUCUGGAACAACUCACAAAAGCUACAGAUCCAGAUGGGACAGUGGGGCAGAUUGGACAUAUAUUUAUUAAAUGGCUGCCAAGACUCAAUGCAUAUAAAAAAUACUGCAGUAAACAGCUGGCAGCAAAAGCAUUGCUGGAUCAGAAAAAGCAAGACCGCAGAGUUCAGGACUUUCUCCAGCGAUGUCUCGAGUCCCCGUUUAGCCGAAAACUCGACCUCUGGAGCUUCCUGGACAUUCCACGGAGCAGACUGGUCAAAUAUCCCCUGCUUCUGAAAGAGAUUUUAAAGCACACUCCAAAUGACCAUUCGGAUAUUGAGACGUUGGAAGAAGCUAUUUCAAUAAUCCAGGGUGUACUUUCUGACAUCAAUGUAAAGAAAGGUGAAUCUGAAUGCCAGUAUUACAUUGACAAAUUAGACUACCUUGAUGAAAGACAAAAAGAUCCACGAAUAGAAGCCAGUAGGACACUGUUGUGUCAUGGAGAGCUGAGGAAUAAGAGUGGAACUAAACUGUAUGUAUUCCUUUUUCAAGACAUCUUGAUUUUAACCAGGCCGGUGACCCGUAGUGAUCGGCCUUACUACCAGGUUUAUCGUCAGCCAAUUCCAGUAGAAGAACUGGUUCUGGAGGACUUACAAGAUGGAGAUGUUCGAAUGGGAGGCUCAUUCAGGGGAGCUUUCAGUAACGCAGACAAAGCCAAAAACAUCUUCAGAGUGCGAUUCCAAGAUCCAUCUCAGGGCCAGUCACAUACCUUGCAAGGGAACGACAUAUUCCACAAACAGCAGUGGCUCAACUGUAUCCGUGCCGCUAUUGCUACACACCAGCAAAACCAUUCUCCAUUGAAGGAGAAACAAGAAACUGUAGACACCCACGAACAGAACUCCCGGGUGGGAAGCAUCAAGGAGAAGCGGCGGGAGUCUGUUCUGUCUGGAAUUGUUCAUAUGGAAGCAGAUGAGAUUUCUGAAUCAGGGUCUGUUCAGGAUGACACAACAGAGGAGACUGAAAACCUACAAGUGGCUGUCAACAAGACGCCACCAGUUCACAAAUCAAAAAAGGACAAAUCCCAAUCAGGGGGCAAAAGAAAAGAAACAGUUGUGUAAAUAGCGUCUGUUGCUGCACUCCAGUGAAUUGUUGUAUUUAUAAGUGUUACAGUUUUGUUUUGUCUCAAGAAAUGUAAUAAUUUCUUUUGUUUUUUUAUUUUAUUUUUCAUGAUGGCAGCUACAUUUGUCGAGUCUGUUAUACUUUCUGUAUAACAUUAGGGUUUGUUUUUAAAGUUGUGAACUUUUACUUAAAAGUAUUCCAACAGUAUGCCAAUUUCUGAAAAGUGAA